GUUUGAGUUGAGACGUCAUCGUAGUAAAAUGCGGACCUUGUUCAGCCGGGUCAGAGGAAGGUUUAUCCUCAUCAUCAGUAACUACGUAUGCACUUCCUGUUUGGAAUGAUCGAUGACUUAUAGGACACUCCUCAUUAAAACCUUUUAAAAGCAAAGAUGGAGCGACAUUGUGGAGCAAUCUGCAGAUCUCUGAGCUGGUGAGAUGGAGGAAGCAUACAGUGAGCUGUACCAGCAGUUUCUUCAGCUGAGGGCACUUUGCCUGAGACAGGCAGCUCUGCUCCAUCAACUCACGACCGCUCUGCAGAAACGGCAAGGUGACGCUGUUCCUAAUGGAGAGCUGAUUGAUAUGAUGUCCAUCCCUGUGCAGUGUACCCAAGAACUCGCUGUAUCUCUCCAUGUAAGGCCUCCCCAACUGACAUUCACAGUACGCAACCCUGCAGCACAGCGUGGCGUUGAUCGUCUCUCUCCAAACGCGGGGACUUUUUCUAAUCUCCUCGCUGAAGACAUGUCUAAGCUCUGUGUGGAUGUGCCUCGUCAGGGAAUGGAAGAUGGGCCGUUGGAGCAAAUGGUUACACCACUGUUAAGCUGGGACUUCAUGGGGUGGCAAGGAGCCUCUUCCAGUGUCUCAAAUCAUCCGGGGCACACAAAUCAUCAUAGCAGAGACAGGACAAAGCACACAGUGGGGAUGCCUUCGACAGACAGUCCUUCCCUGCCUAGAGACUUGCUGAAUCCAUCUGACGAGUUACUGAUGUCAGACGUGGUGUUGCAGUCUCACGUUUGUGAGUUCUGCCAGGCGGUUUUCCCUGGAGACGCUGCCACCAGGGGAGAGUUCCUACGCCACCUUUACACCCAUGUCACCUAAACUAAGCUGAACGUUCUUCUCCUACUGACAUUUGACUUGUGUCUUCAUGUGUUAUGCUGCCAUGGAACCUGUGUAACUUGGUUAACCUGAUCUUUUCAAACAACAUUGAAAUGUACUUACUCAUCAUAUAGUUUAGCGGUUUGCUUUAUUAACAGAGACUGAUACUCGCAUCCUUUUCUGUCUCUGAGAUGCAAAAGGAAGAGUGGAAAACUUCCCAUGAUUCAAUUGUAUGUGAAAGUAUUGAGAUAAUGUAUUUAUAAAGGCUGAGUUCACCCAACAAUGACAGUAAUGGACAGUGAGAUACAAUGUUGUGUUUAUAAUCUUAAGUAACUGUUUAAAAAGAUAAUUACAAAGAUAAUUAUAAAAACUGAAAUCACCAUAAAUUUAUAGCAAAAGUGGUGGGACAUCGACUGCUUCCUUGUUAAUCAAUCCUGCUCCGCCUUGCUGUUGUUUCCGACCUGUCAUUAAAUGGGUUCAGGAAGGACAUUUAUCUAACUUUAACUUUGUUUAGAUUCAAAUUUCAAAAUUUGUAUUGUUACAGUUUUGGGAUUUGGGAGAGAGUUCAUGUUUACUAACAUCUUUGGACUGUCUUAGACCACAGGAAUAUUUUGUAUGUAUUUUGUAAAUGGGCAUAGUUCCCCCAUAAAUCUAUUUUACUUUUUCUUUUUUGUAAUUUGCAGACUCCACAGACUAGAUCUGAAGAAAUAUCUAAAAUUUGAAUGCAGAUAUGCAGAGACUUUCUAAUUCUAUUAAUAGUCUUCCUGGUGCUUUUUAUAUGUUUGCUGUCAGCCAUUUAACUAAUCAGCUGUCUGCUGCUCAGCUCUGUGUUACUGAGGAAAACAGGGGCUAAAAAUAGACUAAAAGAUGUACCCUUCAUCUGCUGCCACAUUGACUGUUGCUCUUACAAUCACAGUACAGAACACCAACAUGGAUAAUAUGCUCUUGUGUAAUCAAAAAGAUAAAAGGAACCUUUCAUAUAAACAUCAGUUUGAGCAUCGGACCAGAUGUCUUUUAAAUUGGUCCUGUGGUGAAGGAGGUGAAAUUCAAUAUGACUCAAGAAGAGUCUACAGCCAGCAGUGCUUUGAACUUUUGAUGUUGAUAUUUACUAGCAUAGUUUAGCGCGUCAACUUAUAACAGUUGCUGAUUAGCAAUAAACACAAAUAGCUUUGCAGGAAUUCAACAAUAAACCAAAACGUUAGAUCAACAACAAUGUUACCUGACAUUUUUGAUCAUCCUCUGGAGACCAAGAAUAUCUCCACCUAAUUUCAUGACACUCCACUCUAUAGUUGUUGUUUCAAUAAAAAACAAAACUGUUGUCCUCAUGGUGGCGCAAGAAGAAAAGUCAAUGUA